AUGGACCUCGGCGAUGACGAUCUUCUGCUACAGUGUGUCAUCGAAGGCGAAUCUGAGGCGUUUCUAGUGAACGUCAAAGAUUCAUUGUGGCACCAAGCGACAUUCCUAGUUGCCGACCUAAAGGAGAAAAUACAUGAGAGGCAACAUAUGGGUUCAUUUGCCGACGCCCUAGUACUCUGGAAGCCCAAGGAAGGAAAUUCUAUCAAUACGAAACCGAAACAGACGCUGCCCCAACGUGUCGCGUCUGCUAGGAAUUCCGGGGAAGAACUCGACCCUACGGACAGCGUCUUAACCGUCUUCCCAGACCAACCUUCCCUCCAUCAUAUUCAUAUUAUUGUACGGAAACCGGAUGCUGAAUCAGACCGUCAGAAGCGAAAGGCAGGCGCCGUGCUUGAACUUGAUGUUUUCGAGCAAGCGAAGAAGGCGAAACUGAUCACCAUGGCCCCUUCUGACGCGUCAAAAACCAUCUUUUAUGAGAAUCUGCAGAGAAAUGCCUCUGAAAGGAUCCUCGACGACCGUCCAUCGGCAGAUUCAAACGUACCGCCUGCACCACUGCUCUAUUCCGGCUUCGGCCACUUCCUUGAUAUAUACAACGGACUCGAGGAUGUUCCUUCUCUGUCGAAGAUAGAUUUCCCUGCUCUUGAGGCUGCCGUUGAUGACUUUGCUGACAAGAUGGCCGAGUUCUUUGUAAGCGAAGACGUUCGACGAGACGAAGGGCUUCCCCUGCUGAAUGCGAUUUUCUCAUGCCGCAAAGAGGACGCGCCUGUAUUCAUGCCACUUCAUGCGGAGUCAUUCCGCAGCUUUAGGACGGACGAACAUAACAUUGCGGCUCACCGAUCCGCUGGAACGAUUACCGAAUUCAAGAAUAAAAUUACCGAAAUCACUUCAAUUCCGCAUAUUGAAGCCACUGCCUACUUCGCCCAGCUCAAUAUUGCAUCCGCGCACGGACCCCAAUUCAUUGGUCGAUGGAGGGUACCUUGCCUCGGCAUCACUGUCAUUGGCGACCAAGUGACUUUCUAUGCAAUCAUUCUUCUCGGCCACCAAUAUCGGCUCAUCAGUCUCACCCCCACCCUGUCAUGUCUUCGUUCGGCGUCGGACUUGACUGACCGCACCAGCCUCUACCGCGCGUUUGCCGCUGCUUCUGUUCUCGAUAUGCGGAUCUUCGAAGACGUCCGACUCACUCUUGCAAAUCUGCCGCCUCUGAUUCCUUCAAUGAACUGGCGACUUCCUGCGGUUUCCAGUCUCCGCAAAUAUUCGGAUACAGAUGACCCAGAACACGGCUACCUUGACUUUCAAAUCCAUGACGACGACAUUUACGCAGAUCCUUCUAGACUUCUUUUCUUGGCGUCAACUUCUACUGCCACACUCGUCGUAAUCAAGUUCACCCGCCGAUAUUGUGCUGAGCUGCAUGCACUGUGUGCGAAGCUUGGUCGCGCACCUCAGCUUCUCGCGUUUGAACGUCUCCCUGGGGGUUGGUUUGGUGUCGCCAUGAAUUAUAUUUCAACAGCUAAGCCGCUGCGGAUCAUUCCGAAGGACCAUGUCGAGCGCCCACGCUGGUACAAGGAGUUGAAGGAAGUCCUAAACAAGUUUCAUGGGGAAGAUCUGGUUCAUGGAGACCUGAGAGAUACGAACAUAAUUGUCGAGGAUGGUGAACGGGUCCUACUUGUUGACUUUGACUGGGGAGGUCGAGAUGGGGAGACUGCCUAUCCGAAGUGGAACCUCCACCCAGAAUUAAAAGACGGAAGAACUUACAAUGACCUCAAGAUCCGGAAGGAGGACGAUGAAAGAAUCCUGGCAUAUGCAUUUUCAAACUUGUGA